UCAGGUCACAUUGGCGAGAAGCAAUAACAGAGGUCUCGGCUAUUAUUGUUGUGGGCUGAAGUAAACAGAACCUAGUUUUUUUCCCUUCUACGCUUAUGUCACCAUUUUGGCAUUAGGACUCUCAAGAAAUCUUCCAAUGUCACGUAUGCAUAUUGACUCUAGUUUUCACCCAGACGAAGCAUUAUAAAUAUACACCCGCAGGAACACACACGUAUACACAUAUAUAUACACACGUAUACACACAGAUAAUAAUAAUAACACCAACAUUAUUGGCCGAGUUUUUGGUUUUUUUGAAACAAGUGUUACGUCAGUGACCAAACACAGAACCAGAACACCAUUGCUGCUGUUUAGAGACCCAUUACCAUGUAAACCAAUCUUGCUGGUAUCCACGACCACCCCUGACUCCGAUUUCGUCUCCUAACUUUCACAUCGAAGGUGGCUGUCUCUGUCUUUUAUACACAAAAUGGGGUUACAGCACCUUACUAAUUGAUUACAAGAUGGGCCAGAAUCAGAGCAUUCCAGAAGCUGUCAGUUACCUUGGUAUUGUCCAAGGCAAAUUGACCAAGCAUCUUGAUAUUAUAAAGAAAACUGCUAUCCUUACUUAUGAAGAAUUUUUAGACUCUGUUAAUGAACUCAAUAGAACUACUGCUGGGUUUGCUGAUCGCAAAGGUAAACAGUUGCGUUUUUCUGUCUGCAUCGGAACCGACGACACACUCUUAUGGAAGGGCACAGUACGCAUUCGAUGUCAGAAGAUCAAUACUCGUACAAUGAAAGUUGAAUCUUCCCGUCUCCUGAACCUGAGGGAGUAUGUGUUGCUCUACAAGGAAAUCACGGAGCAAAUAGCCAGCAUGAACCUGAAUGACCAGAGUGGGGACUCUGCGUCAAGUGGGACAUGCUCAGCCUCCCUACUUUUUAAAGAGGUCGAACAGAUUGGGACUUCGUCCGAUAAAGAAGAUGAAGAAUGUUGCAUUUGCAUGGAAAGGAAGUCUGAAAUAAUCCUCCCUUGUAUGCAUUGCUUUUGUGAAAUUUGCAUUGACUCCUGGAAUAUUUUGCACAGAACUUGUCCAGUAUGUCGUGCCAAUGUCCAAGGCGCUGAUGACACAUGGGUUCUUACCGAAAAGCCAGACAGCACUGAAUAUGACUCUCAGUUAAAGGGUUAUCUAGUAGGACUGGCAGACACUGUGGGAGACCCACAAUAGCUCACUUCCAUGUUCAACUUUAAAAUCAUUAAUAUCUUUUUCCAAUUUAUUCCCUCCGUUUAGACAAAUCACCUGCGUUCCUGUUUCUUUUUUUAUUUUAUAUAAAAUUAUAUUUAUUCACAAA